CAGUCCAUUAUAUCUUUAAAUCGUAUAUAUUAUUGUCGUAUACAGUAUUUUGGUGACAGGCACUGACAGCUCAGAUAUUGGUGACAAUCAAUUUUAGCUAACUGUAACUAUUCUCUACCUAAUUAUAAAUUAUUUCUAUUUUUUUUUUUUUUUUACUAAUAAACACAAUAAUAUAAUCGUUAUAUUAUGAUGUUUUAUAAAUGUAUACAUGACGAAGAAGUCAAAAUUUUUGUACAGAAUUCAAAUAUUUUAAAUUAUGUUUAGUACUAUAUAAUCUAAACAUAUCCUUAAUUUGGUUAUUUUUAUUUUAAAAAAAAAAUUGAAAAUUUUAAGUUAGAUAUGUGGAUGCCUACAAAGAAAACCUUUAAUAAUGCUCCAAUGUUUUUUCAAUUCCGUCGAAAAGGUGAUUUUUGUAUUUUUAGUUUUACCAAUAUGAAACAGUUAUACUCAAAAGAAAUACAUGAAUCUUCAUUAGCCUCAAUAUAUGCGCCGACCAAUAAAAUUGAAGUUGAUGUUAAAAACGUUGUUGGAUUUUUUGAAAGUAGUGGAGAGUUGUAUAAUGUAAAUUAUAAUUUUUAUCCAGACAAAUUGAAUAUUAAGGCAGAUCUGACAAUAACUUUAUCAGAAGAGUUUCCACCAUUUAAAUUGGAAUUGGAUUUGGAAUUAAAGGAUGAAAAUAUUUUUUAUUCCACAUUGACUUGCCCAUUAUUGAAAAUAAUAAAACAAUUAAAACAAAACCAAGAAGAUUUAUUUAAUAUUAUUGAAAAAAAGGACUUGGAAAUAUCUGAAUAUAAAUUAAUAGGAGGCAAUAUUACACAUGAAAAUAUUAAGACAGAUAUUUUUGAGAAAGAUGAUUUCUUUAUGAAUACACUACUAAAUCAUAAAGAUUUAUGUAAUGAAAGCCAACAUCUAUAUGAAAUAUAUUCAUCGCCUCUAAUUGAACAGCACAAUACCAGAUAUUCUGAUGAACCCAAAGAAUCAAAGAACAUAUGCAUUAAGGAGGAAAAUCAAGACAUUCAAACAAUUAUUUCAAAUAAUAGUAUUGACCACAAAGCCUUAAAAAGUUCAACUACAGUAGAAAUUACACAAAAAUCAAUUAAUGUUACAAAGCGGAAAAAACCCUCUUUCUUAAAAAAUCUUUGAAAUUAUUAUUUAAUACGUAAAAAUGAUGUACAAAAUACUAUAUUUUUUAAUCAAAUCGUUUAUUUGCAACAAAAUAGAAUAUUUAAUAAUUGGUUAGUCCAACCAAUUAUUAUUACACAUUUUAUAAAUUUGACAUGUACGAAAUGCAUAUUAUCUUCAACUAGAAAAAAUAUUUUUUUAAGAACCAGUCUCAAUGUGUUUACUUUGAAGUAUCAAAUAUUUUAUAAUUUAAUUAAAAUUUAACUUAUACUAUUUUUUUUUUUAACAAUUAUUGUGAACUAGUAGGUACCAAAAUGUUCUGGAAACAUUUCUAAACCAUUGAUUAUUGUUGAAAAUAUAAAGUAUACUAUGUAUAUUUGUAUAUAGUUUUUAAUCUUUAAAAUAGUUGUAUUAGAUUGUUGUUUAUGGUUAUCUAAAACGUUCAAAUAUUAUAUUAAGUAUAAAAAAGUGGUAACUAGUUUUUUGCUUGGCUCAAUACUUGUAUUUUGGUAAUUUGAAAUAAAUAAAUUUGUAUAUAGAGGGACAUGACUUGGGGAUAAUUUUGAAAAUAUAAUUGAAAAGACUGUAAAUAAUCAAUGGUUUAUUGGUACUGAAUUUAAUGUCAAAUAAUUACACCUAAAUUAUUUAACAACAAAUUCAUAUAUAUAUAUUCAAUACAUUAUAUUGUUAUUAAUAUAACAUUUGACACCAACAUAA